CCGCAUUUUUGCACGUGCUUUUACUGUGUAAAACACGUGUUAGUUCUUAUCAGUUUCAUUGAGAUUCCCACAUGGCAUUGUGAAGAAAGAUUGUGUUUCGCUUUCGAUAUUUUCGAUUUUCGUGCAAUCUUUGGUAAACUACAGUCUUUUUACUAUUUGUAUUAUGAGUUUAUCUGCAACGAUGAAGCAUAUUAAUAAAGAAUUUGAAACUAACGUAGUUUGAAGACUUUACAGUAAAAAGACUGCAUCCUUUACCACAGGAUGAGCACAGAAACAGUAAUACGUAAAAUGGAAAAGGUUCAAGGCAAACCUUUUAUCGAAACUGGAGAAGAUGUAAUAAACGCUGACGGUCAAGGCAACCUACCAUUUAUUAUUGAUGAUUCAGUUACAACACAAUCACCAGAGGACGUAAGGCCAAAACGGGUGAGAAAGUUAACGUCUGGUGGACAGGAACUGUACGAAAAAGACGUAGGAAAAUACACUGCGGAGCUAAUCCACUACAGAAAGAACUUAGAUAUUUUAAACAAAAGUUACUACUCAGGAGAACUAGAAAUAUCCGAUGUUAAACUAUUGCCAGACAGAAUAAGAUCGGAACUGUCAAAAUAUCAACAAAUUUCAGAAAAAUUCAUCGGCUUUCUGAACAGAUACAGAACUAAAGAGAGCGCCCGGGAAGAGGCAACACAAAAACUAAUCUAUAAAAGUAUCAUUACAAAGGCUAAAACCAUGUUAAAUGAGAUCGAAAUUAAAUUGAAGCAGUCACAAUCCGUCAAAUCUAUCGCUACUGGUAGACAAUCUAAAUCCUCUAGAUCCUCCUCCGCAAGUUCAAUACUAAUUAAACAAAGAGCAAAAAUGGAUGCCGCUAAGACAAAUCUACGCUUUGUUAGUCAAGAGGCAGAACUUGAAAGAUUACAAUUCGAGCUUGAAGAGGAAGAACUUAAAACAAAAGCAGAACUAUUAAAGAAAAAAGUCGAAGCAAAGUUGAAAAUGAAUAUUUUAAAAUCAGAAAAAGAAGUUGCAAUUGCUGAAGCUGAGUUUAAUGCCGUCCGUGAAGAGAUGGAGAUGGAGGGAUCACGUUCUAGUGGAAGAUCUAUGGCAUCAGUUGUCGAUCCUCGUCAGCACGUCGAGAGAUAUCUUCAGGAACAAAGGGAACUAAUGAAAUCCGGAUAUACAAACCCUCAACAAAUGCACCCUCCAGAGCUCAACAUUCACGCCACACCUUUUGAACCAAAGACCGAAGAUAUUAGACAAACAAAUUAUGAAAUUAACAACGUUUCCGUGGCAAACGAACUCUCAAAGUUCUUAUUAAAGAAGGAUUUGUUAAUGUCUCGUUUUAUGAAAUUUAACGACCAAGCAGAGUCUUAUCACGUUUGGAAAGCUUCGUUUUCCAAUAUAACUGAAGAACUUAGCGUCAACGCGCGAGAAGAACUUGAUUUAUUGAUGAAAUGGCUUGGGCCAGAAUCCUCAAAACAUGCAGAAAGUCUGAGGAUAGCCAAUGCAAAAGACCCAGUAAAAUGUCUAAAGCGAGUAUGGGAGAGACUUGAAGAGAGAUAUGGCGGACCAGAAAUGGUUGAAACGAAUGUAAAAUCAAAAAUUGAACAAAUUUCCAAUAAUUACCAACAAAGAUCACAAGAAGUUAUAUGAACUUAGCGACAUUUUAACAGAAAUUGAAUCCCUGAAGGAGGACGAAAGAUACGCACAGUUAUUGUCUUACUUUGAUACUUCGUUAGGCGUUAACACCGUGAUAACUAAAUUACCGUAUGGGAUUCAGAACAAAUGGAUCGAUAGAGCCAUGCGAUAUAAGCAAAACCAUAACGUACUGUAUCCGCCAUUUCCGUUUUUCGUCAGUUUCAUCAGAGAAAUGUGCAAACAAUUCAAUGACCCAGGCUUUGCCUUUAAAGAAGACACAAAACCUCAACAAACAAAAUCGUAUCCUAACAACAAUAGAUAUAACAACAAAGUCACAGCUAGAAAGACAGAUGUAUCACAAGAAAAAACAUUUAAAACUACUGGUGCGACUGAUAAACUUACAGAAUGUCCUAUUCACCAUUCAAAACACUCUUUGAACAACUGUAGAGGAUUCAGACAAAAAAGUAUGAAUGACCGAAAGAAAAUUCUCCGUGAAAAUAGCAUCUGUUAUAAAUGUUGCGAGUCAGCAACGCACAUAUCUCGAGAUUGCAAGGAGUCCGUCACAUGCAAAGAUUGCGGAAGUAACCGUCAUUCUUCAGCUAUGCAUAUAGAUAGAUAUGAUAAAACAACAAGAGAAAUAGAACCCGUGUCCUCUCAUGGCGGGGAGGAACCAUUGAUUCAAACAGUAGAAACGAAGUGUACGGCAAUUUGCGGAGAAGGAUUUUCUGGAAAAUCAUGCUCAAAGGUGGUACUUGUCAAAGUUUAUAAGAAAGACGAACCUGAGAAAUACAUAAAUCUUUAUGCUUUGAUGGACGAUCAAAGUAAUCGUACGCUAGGCCGUACAGAGCUAUUCGAUGCACUGAAUAUAGACUCAGCUGUUCAACCUUACACUUUAUCGUCCUGUGCAGGAAGUGUCCAGAAACAAGGCCGUCUUGCUAGCGGGUUAGUAGUAGAACCUAUAGACGGGCGAGUAAGAAUGGAUUUACCUACUGUAAUUGAAUGCAACGACAUUCCAGAAACAAGAGAAGAAAUUCCAGUGCCAGAAAUCACAAAAUAUUACGAACACUUGAAGCGUAUUACAUUACCGCCUAUAGAUCCUGAGGCACAUAUUCUCUUAUUGAUCGGCAGAGACUUGGCCGAUGCACACCACGUCUAUGAGCAAAAAACAGGAGCUCAAAACACGCCAUUUGCACAACGACUCAGUUUGGGAUGGGUCAUUAUCGGUGAAGUAUGCUUAGGCCAAACGCACAAACCUAAUUCGAAAGUAAACGUGUGUAAAACAAACAUUCUAAACAAUGGGAGGCCGACAUCCUUUGAAGUAUGUAAAAACGUCUUUAACAUUAAAGAAACUGUCAACACACGCAAUCACCAAGAUACCGUGGAAGAUCAGAUUUUCCACAGAACAAAGGACGAUAAUAAGAUUGGCAUGUCCGUAGAAGACCAUAUAUUUAUAGACAUCAUGGACAAAGAAUUUGUCAAAAGUGAAACAGGCAAUUGGAGUGCUCCUCUACCGUUCCGGAAGAAUAGACCUCGAUUACCUGACAACAGAUCUUAAGCAUUAAGAAGGGCUAGAAUGCUCGAUCAAUCUCUUCAGAAAAGUACGAGUAAGCGUCAGCAUUUCGUAGAAUUCAUGGGCAACAUGUUUCGUAAUGGUCAUGCCGAAGAAGCUCCAACCUUAGAACAAAACGAGGAAUGUUGGUAUCUGCCUUUAUUUGGAGUGUACCACCCUAAGAAAAAAGAUAAGAUAAGAGUUGUUUUCGAUUCUUCGGCUAAACAGGAUGGCAUAUCCUUAAAUAAUGUUCUACUCUCUGGACCGGAUUUUACAAAUAGUUUGGUUGGAGUAUUGCUCAGAUUCAGAAAAGAGAGAAUCGCUGUAAUGGCCGACAUAGAGCAAAUGUUUUACUGUUUUAAGGUAAACAGUUCACACCGUAACUAUUUACGAUUCUUUUGGUACAAGAACAACAUUCCUGGAGAGCAACUUAUCGAAUACAGAAUGUGUGUUCACGUCUUUGGAAACACACCGUCUCCAGCAAUUGCCACCUACGGUCUACGGAAGUGUGUUGAAAAAGAACCAACAGAGAACGAUGUCAAAGAAUACGUAAAUAGGAACUUUUAUGUGGAUGACGGACUCGUUAAUUUCACGAAUGAGGAAGAAGCUGUCAGUGUCCUUAAGAGGACUCAACAAUCUCUACUUGAAAACGGAAAAUUGAAACUUCAUAAAAUUGCAUCGAACAGUGAAAAAGUAAUGAACGCCUUCAGUCCAGAUGAGUUGGCUAAAGAGCUGAAAACCUUAGAUCUAAACAAAGAUGAGCUACCUAUUCAACACAGUCUUGGAAUGAGUUGGGACUUGCAACAGGACUCGUUUACUUACAAAUUAUCAAAUGAAGAGAAACCUAUAACACGUAGAGGUGUGUUAUCAUCAAUAAAUAGCUUGUUCGACCCAUUAGGGUUUAUCUCCCCUGUCAUUCUACAAGGUAGAAUUCUUAUGAGAGACAUCAUUGCCGAAACAACUGACUGGGACUUACCACUAUCUAAUGAUAUUCAGCAAAAAUGGAUCGAAUGGAGAGACUCUUUAAGGCCAAUAGAACAAUUUUCGAUACGAAGAACAUUUGUAGAAUCGUCAUUCUGUUCAAGCUUGGACAAACAGUUACAUAUUUUCUCGGACGCCUCAGAACAGGCAAUAGCAAGUGUAGCUUUUUUGAGAACAUCUGACGCAGAGUUUUCUAUCAACACCGGUUUCGUAUUUGGGAAAUGCAAAGUGGCGCCCAAACAUGGCCAUACAAUACCACGAUUAGAACUAUGUGCCGCAGUUAUGGCUGUUGAAAUAGGAGAAAUAAUCUGUGAACAUCUAGAUAUGAACUCGGCUGAGAUAAAGUACUAUACAGAUAGUAAGGUAGUGUUAGGUUACAUUAACAACCAGGUUAGACGUUUUCAAGUCUAUGUUGCAAACCGAGUUGGUAAAAUUAGGAAAGCUUCAAAACCGGAACAAUGGACAUAUGUGAAUACUGAUCAUAAUCCGGCCGAUAUUGGAACAAGACUUAUAUUCGCGGAUCAGCUACAAACUAGUUCUUGGCUAACAGGACCCGAAUUUUUACAGGAAUCUGACACGCUUAGUCAAAGAAUAGCUACUUCAUUUCCUCUCAUAAAUCCUAACACUGACAAAGAAUUGAAAACAGAAAUACAAGUCAUCAAAUCUGUCUUAAAAUGUGACAACCUUGGGUCACAAAGAUUCAACCGAUUCUCCAAUUGGUGGAAAUUAGUUCGUACCAUUUCACGCUUACAGCGACUUGCUAGUAGUUACUCACACAACAAAUUAAAGGACAAUUUGGAGUCAAACGAGCUUGAAGCUCAUCGAAAAGCUGAAAUUUUUAUCAUCAAAGAAGUUCAAAAGGAGGACUUUGGUAGAGAAAUCGAGUGUCUCAGAAAUAAAAGACCUCUGCCUAAUAACAGUUCCGUUUUAUCUUUGAGUCCCGUCUUGGACGAAAAUGGAAUUUUGAGAGUAGGUGGAAGACUUCGUAAUGCUAAAAUCACAUCAAAAGAAAAAACACCGAUCCUUAUUUCUGGAAAACAUCAUAUUGCUACUUUGAUUGUCCGUCACUACCAUAACGAUGUACAACAUCAAGGGAGACAUCUUACUGAAGGUACUAUUCGAUCUGCUGGGUGGUGGAUUACAGGCUGCAAACGACUGGUCUCAUCUAUAAUUUUUAAAUGCGUAAAAUGUCGACGACUUCGAGGUUCGUUGAGUGAACAGAAAAUGGCCGAUUUACCAGACGUAAGAUUAUCGCCAUGCGCACCGUUCAGUUUUGUUGGUGUAGAUGUAUUUGGACCAUGGAACAUAGUAACAAGACGCACUAGAGGAGGCGUAGCAAAUUCCAAAAGAUGGGCAGUGCUAUUUACAUGCUUGGCAUCUAGAGCUGUCCAUAUAGAGGUGAUAGAAGAAAUGAGCUCCUCUUCUUUCAUCAACGCUCUACGCAGAUUCUAUGCACUUCGAGGAAAAGUGCAAGAGUUCCGUUCCGAUAGAGGUUCAAACUUCGUUGGAUGUACCGACACCCUGCAAAUCGAUGCUUUAAACGUUGAAGAUGGCGAAGUAAGAACACUUCUCAACAAGAAUAGAACAAUAUGGAGGUUUAAUACACCUCACUCUUCUCACAUGGGUGGUUCAUGGGAGCGAAUGAUUGGGAUAGCUCGUAAAAUUCUAAAUAACAUGCUUUUUGACGUGAGAUACAAGAAUUUGACUCAUGAAGUUUUAACAACAUUUAUGGCAGAGGUAACAGCCAUUAUGAACGCCCGACCGAUUGUACCAGUCUCCACUGAUUCUGACAAUCCUACAAUUCUGACACCUUCUCUUUUAUUAACUCAGAAAACAUCUGAUCAGGAAGAUAGCUUUGAAAAUAUUACAUCAACUGCAUGUAUGUACCAAUCACAAUGGAAAUAUGUUCAGACAUUAGCUGAGAUAUUUUGGAAACGUUGGAGUAGGGAAUAUCUGCAAACACUACAAAAGAGACAAAAGUGGAAAAAGGAAGUGACAAAUUUGAAACAAGGAGACAUUAUUAUUAUGCGAGAAAAAGACAUGGUUAGGUCCGAAUGGCCAAUUGGAACAAUAUUAAGAACAUUCGCCAGCGAGAAUGACAAUCUUAUAAGGAAAAUAGAAGUGAGAGUUAUUAAACAAGGAAAACCAGUUAUCUAUGUCCGUCCGAUAACAGAGAUUGUGAAACUUUUGUCUGAGUGAUAAUAUUGAACAAUAUUUGAACUGUUGAUAUGUACAUUGACUUUAUUAGUUAAACAUUUUAGAUAGUAGUUACAGUAAUGUACCUUAGAUUUAAGUAGUUUAGUAAAUUUUCUUUUUGAGAUUUUUGUUAACGAAGUUAUUUAGCUAAGACUUGAAGUCUUAAGUAUUUUUGUUAAAACCUAGGGUGAUAUUGUUAUAUCAGACGGGGAGUGUCAUGUUAUCAGAACAUUUUAUUAAUAUACUGAUUUUUAAUUCAAAUUUCCCGCAUUUUUGCACGUGCUUUUACUGUGUAAAACACGUGUUAGUUCUUAUCAGUUUCAUUGAGAUUCCCACAUGGCAUUGUGAAGAAAGAUUGUGUUUCGCUUUCGAUAUUUUCGAUUUUCGUGCAAUCUUUGGUAAACUACAGUGUAAGUUAAUUUUUAUUUUAUUUCAUUUUAUAACUUUAAGUAAAUAUUUCAUAUUUUUAAUAAGUUUAAGCAAUUAAUUAUCUACGUUUUCUUUGUUUGAACUGCCGAUUAACGUGCACACAGGUCACGUUUGUUUACAUCAGUAUUUUGUAUGUUUUGCACUAUGUACACCGUUUAUUUUAGAAUAAUUAAUUAUCUUAACGUUAAAGAUAAAAUAUUAUUCUUGCAAUUGUAUUUUUCUUAUUUAAAAUAAGCUAAUUAACUUUUUAGUAGUACAGAGUUGCUAUCGGGUAAAAAAUCUAUGGAACGCCAUUCGUGCCAUCUUUACACCUGUAUUUCUAUUUUUAUAAUGUUUCACUUUAUGGAAUGCAAUUAAUGCCAAAGUUGUUUUACGUUAAUUUCGCUAUAUAGUUCAUGUUUGUUUAUGUUUUGAACUUAUAAUUAUUCAAAGGAUUUUUUAUACUUAAAAAAAUAAAUGUAUGGAGGUCAAUGAGUGUCAUUUGACAAUUGUUUAUUUUCUUGUAAUUUUUUGGUAAAUUACGGCAUUUGAGUUUAUGAUUUUUAUUUUUUCUAUUUGUAGCUUUUUACUAUUUGUAUUAUGAGUUUAUCUGCAACGAUGAAGCAUAUUAAUAAAGAAUUUGAAACUAA